UCAACUGAGAGAAGUCGCCAGAAAGUUGCCAAGUUACAGAUAAACAAAGGAAGUCAAGCUUACGGUCUGUGAGGAUGUCCUGGAUGAGAUGUCCUUUGCUCGUGAGGGAGCGGAUGUUCAGGUGACCGAAGUUGACGCCAGAGAUGUUGUUGCUGAGAGGGGCGUUAGCCGACCUAGCCAGGCUGGCUAACACCCCGUGAUUCACAGACCGGCCGGUGUUUCUGGGUGGGCGGCGAGUGGAGGACCAAAAGGAGAUGGUCCCAUCGGAGCUCCCGACGCGGAACCCCCGCCGAGACCCCAGGUGGAUAUAUCUCCGGCGAGGCAGGAAGGAGAUGUCUGGGUGGAGGUCCAGAGCUGAUGGAGGAGAUCCGGGCCCGUUAAAGCGAAGCCGGAGGAGCUCCGCGGCCGAAUACUGAAGAAGUCCCUCCACGGGUGGGUGAAGGAGCGACAGGAUAGUCCAGACCAGCACGGACAAUACAAGGAUCCUGCCGGCCGACCUCGUAAUGCGCAGUGGUGCAGUGGCGAUGACACACACACACGAAGCCAAGCAGCGAGCCGAGCAGAUAAAGCAGGAUUUCAGUCUGAAGUUUGGUGAUGACAUCUCUGCAGAGUUCCUGGAGAAGUGGCCGACUCACUACAGGCAGAAAGUCCUUGAACAAAGCCGUGGCCUCACCCAGACAAGCCACCUUGAAGAUCUCCUUCAUAACGCUGAUUCCACAACAGAAGAACUGGAACAUGGAUGGGACCGUGAGAUGACCUCCGUCUUGCUCCUUAUCCACCUCAUGCCACCAUCACCUGAUGGCCGCAACAAGAGACCAGGAAAGCUCUCCGCCAGACAAGCCAUUGACCACCUUGUGAAAUUUAUCAAGACUGGGACCAGUGUUCAGGGGCAUCUGGACAGCAUCACAGAGAGGCGUCAACCCUAUCUACUGGCUGUGGGGACCCAGAAGAGCGCCAUACACAAGCAUUUACUUGUGAUUGACAAACAUGCAAUCCCGCGUCAGUCACCAGAUUGUCUUGCCUCUUUUGACGAGCUUUUUAAAGCUCAUUUCUUCUUCGCUACCUCGUACAACAGGGAUCUGGCCAAUGUCUACCACUUUUUGCAAACUGCUGUUUACUGGAUUGAUGCUGCUACCACCAAGGUGAAUCCCAGGGUCGAAGAGAUGAGGGCUCGGAUGCUGCACUGGUUUUGACACCUUGAGAUGCUUUGGUUUGGAGGGUUCGGAGGCUGUACUGCAAAGAUGUAUUUUGAGGGCUCUGAUGCGUCACUGAUUUGAUACAGAGAUGUUUUGUUUUAUUUGCAAAGGCCCUCAGGCAAAUGCCAGUUCACUAAUUAAGCACUUGAAGUUGAUCCACGGACUUUGUUCAGGAAAGACACUUGGCCUGAAAUGUGGUCAGCCUGGUUGUUCUCAUUUCUUUGGUACUUUUUCUGGGUUUCCAAAGCAUCUUAAAGCACAUGAAGCCUGUGAUGAUCCUGGACUUACCAUUAGGCUAAACUAGGCAGUUGCCUCGGGCCCCAGGAUCCAGGAAGACAGCGACAAAACGUACGAAAACGGUGCGAAGAGAAGAUGAAAAGAAGUUACCCCAGCAGCGCUUAAAAAAGGAAAAAGCAGAAAGCUGCUCUCAAAAUUCCCCAAAGUGAGGACACUCUUCACUGCAGCAGCGGCUAACAGCAGCUAACAGUGGCUAACAGCAGCUAACAGCAGCUAACAGCGGCUAACAGUGGCUAACAGCAGCUAACAGCAGGAACCCACAACCGGCAAGUGAAACGGCGACGUCGACACCUGUUGGGGAGGGUCCGUUGUCGACGUGUGGAGAUGAACAACUGAAUGAGACAGGGAUGGGCUGUGUUCUGAAAUGAUCCAGCCAGGCUUUGAGGAUGGUCUUGUUCCGCCAGAUUGUGAGAGUCCGUCCUCAUCCACUCUGCUAGCAAGCGGUCAGCACAGUGUACUUCUUGAAGAUGACCCAGCACUCUGGCCAAAACAGAGUCAUGAAAUUAGAACUUUUAUCGUGAAAUCAAUUCUAUGUUUGUGAUCUAUCUUAAGUAUUCUAUCAGAGAACCUACUGGUAGAAAAAUAGUGCCUGCGUAUUCUGUUAAAAUGUUUAUUUUAAUUGACCUGUUUUGUGUGUUGUCUUCUCAUUUCAGAGGGCUCCAUGCCUGCCUUUGCCUUGGGCCCCAAAUUUGUUAAAUCCGCCCCUGUCCUUAACUCUCAUCAGGCUCUAAAUACUACAAUACCCAUAAUCCUCAGCUGAAGAGGUCAGUUGAAUCGGAGCACAUUCAGAAUGCUCUUUUUUCACAGCAGACGUGUUGACUUGUCAUUAAUAAUUACAUUAACGAGUCUGUGACAUAUUUAAAUAUCUGCUGGGAACAAACACGUCAUGUUUGUCUAAAAAUGAUCUGAGAGUGAUUAUUAAUGUUAUCAGGAUUACAGACACUGAGCUUUGAUUUGAAGCUCUGUGGUUGGAGUUGACUUCUUCUUCUUCUACCUUUACUUUUCAUCAAAGACCUGCAGAUUUUCUUCUGUUUCUGUCGUCCGUACUGAUGAUUCACACAGGAGACUUUUAUGAACACGAACCAACCUUUGCUUUCACACCCAUGGACGCCCAAAAUAAGUCCUCCUACUUUGCACCUCUAUUUUUACUUAUUAUCCUUCAGAGCUGUGACAUAACGUCCUUCCUACGGGCAGAAGGUAGGACAGUAUCGUAGGACAGAAGGUGAUUUGACUGCACCUCAGGAGUAAUAACGAUUAAAGUUGUUCCACUACUUCCAGGUCAGACAGGACUGUUCAGGUCAGGUGAAAACAUGUGAAGGUGGAUCACAUGUUGUAGUUGUAUCAAAGCUCUGAGUGUUUCACGCAUACCGCUGAACUGUGAUAGCGUUAAAUCCUGAAGAGAAGUUAUUUUCCUCCCUCAGCUGCCGCUUUCUGUCUUGUUUAACGUGCAGCUGUUGUAAUUCCACAUGCUGACCAGCAGAGGUCACCCUGCUUCAGCCCAUGUUGAAGUGAUGACGCAGUUUACAGUCAGAUUCCUCAGGUCAGAUGCAGAAGAACAAACAGGGACUGCUGGGUUCAGUGUUUCAUUCCAGCAUGAAAACAGAUUGUAAAACACGUUCUGUUGUUUUCUGGGUGAAUUCUCUGCGUCGCUGCCCGUGAUGAAAUCAGUUCAGGACAGAAACAUACCUGCACUCGGUCAGUCCAGGUGCUGUUAACGUUACUGCUGCUGCUUUUACAGCACAAAUGAGUCCCAUCAUCCUCCACAAAACAUCACCAUGGUUACAAGGCCAAGAGCUGAGAGAUCAGCUGCCGGAGAAACACCAGUUGCUAUAGAAACGGUCACGGAGCAGGACAGAAGAGCCAACAUGGCUGUCAACGGAGAACGCUGUCAGUCAGCGUUCAUGGUGACUUAGUUCAGGAUAAAGGAAGCAGGUCUGACUGAACAGGUGGUGGUUCAGGAUUUACACCGUCAGAAUUAAAUCUGUUUUAAAAAGUGUACAGAACUGAAGGCGCUGACCCUUUAACUUCUGUUUCUCUCUCACCAGUCUGUUCAAUUUUCUGAUUAUUUCUGCUUCCUCUAUAAACAGCCACAUCCUUUGAAGUCAGCAUUUCAAGAGAGACUUCCAAAAAACUUCACCAGAUUAUUUGUUCGUCUAAUGAUGGAUUUCUACCUGUUUUUCAAAGUUUCAGGUCUGAUUUCAUUAAACAUCUGUUCAGCAGCUCAGCAUUUAAAUAUGUGCGUUCACAUCCUCAGAAAUCUGUUAUUUUAAUGAUGCAGACGUUCAUCAUUUUAAGUUUCCUGAAAAAAAAUGUAACCUUUUCUGUAAUUUUAGGGGGAAAAAAGAGACAAUAUUUAAUUGAUAAAUUCCAGUUAAGUGUUUGUGUAAUCUAGAAAGUAUUUUAGUCAGUGCACAGAAAGUGUAAAAAAAAUCUAAUUUGUUCGUAUAAAUGAACAGAUAAAGAGAAAAAGUAAUGAAUGUUUCCUUUAUUUUAAAUUGAGCUUUUCUUUGUAUUUUUCCCUGUAGUUAGCAUUAAAUCAGAGGCUUUUGUCUUUGGGAAAAAUUAUAGGAAAUAGUUUUUCGAAUCAUUAAAAUAAUUAGGAAACUGCAUGUAUGAAAUAAUGUUAUUUGAACAUCACGGUUGUAACUUUGGCAGGAACUGUCAGUUUUGAACAUGAAUAAAGGACCAGUGAUGUGUUUGA